AUGGUUCUUGUUGCUGUUAUUAGUGUUGUAAUCGUUAUUAUAAGCAGUGCUUUUGCCGUUGUUGAGAUGCUGUCACCGAACAAGUUGGGUAGAGGGCAGCGUGAGAAGGUGCAGCAGUUCGUGUCGAUUACAGGGGCAAGCGAAAAGGUUGCUAUUCAGGCACUGAAGUCCAGUGAUUGGCAGUUUGAAGGAGCAUUCGACAUAUUUUACAGCCACCCGCAUGUCAAGUCAGUUGCUGAUACGAGACAUUUAGAGGAGCUUUACAAUAGAUACAAAGAUCCCUAUGCUGAUAUGAUUUUGGCUGAUGGGAUCACUCUGUUAUGCAACGAUCUUCAGGUAGCUUCUGCUGUUACACUAACGUGCUUCCAGUCAUUGGUGGUCUCAUGGCAUAUGAAGGCUGCUACAAUGUGUGAAUUCUCAAAGCAAGAGUUUAUUGGUGGAUUACAAUCACUAGGGAUAGAUUCACUUGAGAAGUUCAGAGAAAGAAUAUCUUUUAUGCGUUCCGAACUGAAAGAUGAAAAUAAGUUUUGGGAGAUCUAUAAUUAUGCAUUUGGAUGGGCGAAAGAGAAGGGUCAGAAGUCUUUGGCAUUAGAUACUGCGAUUGGAAUGUGGCAGUUGCUAUUUGCGGAAAAGCAGUGGCCAUUAGUUGAUCACUGGUGCCAGUUCUUGCAGGCAAAACAUAACAAAGCGAUUUCUCGUGAUACCUGGUCCCAGCUACUGGAGUUUGCUCGGACAGUGGAUCCUGCAUUGUCGAACUAUGAUCCGUAUGGCGCUUGGCCCUAUUUGAUAGACGAAUUUGUCGAUUACCUGGCCGAAAACGGUGUAAUGCAGAAGGGCAAGAUGAGUGAUUGGAGCUACAAACAAUGA